AUGCCUAAACACUACUGCGACUACUGUGAUGUUUUCUUGACUCACGAUUCCACCUCUGUCCGCAAGGCACACAAUAGUGGGCGGAAUCACCUAGCGAAUGUUCGCGACUACUAUGCUUCACUUGGGCACGACAAAGCUCAGAGUAUCAUCGACCAAAUUACUUCUGCAUAUGAGACUGGCAGCGGCCCACCACCUGGUGGUUUCGGAUUCGGACCUCAACACCUCGUUGCCCAGCCGCCUCCUGGGUUUGGCGGUCCGAUGCCCCCGCCAGGCUUCGGUGGUCCUCGACCUCCCUUCCCACCUGGUAUGGCUCCGCCCGGUAUGAUGGCACCGCCAUUUCCACCUAAUGGUCCGAUGGGAGCCCCCCCAUUUCCGCCGAAUGGAAUGGGAGCCCCUCCUUUCCCGCCCAAUGGUGCAAUGGGAGCACCUCCGUUCCCACCCAAUGGUGCGAUGGGAGGUCCUCCGUUCCCUCCACCAAACAAUGCACAAGGACCUGGCCCGUCUGCUCCAGGAAACGGCCCAACAAUGCAUCCAGAUCGCAUGCGCAUGAUGGGCAAUGGGCGUUGA